CCGGUUGCUGGGGGAGUGAGGAAGAAAGGGAGGUACCCGAACACGGAAGUGGUGGCAGCGCCGGCGAAGCAGGUGGAGGCGGUGACUGCGACGUCUGAGAUGAGAACCCCGCACCGAAGGGUGGGGGCUUGCAGACGGGCAUCCGCCUUAGAGGACCUACAUGAGGUGCCGGAGUGCUUGGGUCUCCCUUCUCCAGCUUAGCGAGCACCCAGAGUGAUGGCGGUGGUGAUGGCGGCAGUCACUCGGACAGCCCCAGUUAAACUGCGCUCCGAGAGAUAUAUCCAGAAAGUGCCCAGAAGAAACAUUCUACCGGAAAAACUGAAAGAGCAGUAUUUAUAACACUGGAAUUUGUGGACAGUUUGUUAAAAUGGCAGAAAAUAGUGAAAGUAAUAGUAAAAAUGUAGAUGUAAGGCCCAAAACUAGUCGGAGUCGAAGUGCUGACAGAAAGGAUGGUUAUGUAUGGAGUGGAAAGAAGUUAUCUUGGUCAAAAAAGAGUGAAAGUUGUUCAGAUGCUGAAACAGUGAGUGCUAUAGAGAAAACUGAAGUUCCUUUAAGGAGCCAAGAAAGGAAGCACAGCUGUUCAUCUAUCGAGUUGGAUUUAGAUCGUUCCUGUGGGCAUAGAUUUUUAGGCCGAUCUCUUAAACAGAAACUGCAAGAUGCUGUGGGGCAGUGUUUUCCAAUAAAGAAUUGUAGUAGUCGGCACUCUUCAGGGCUUCCGUCUAAAAGAAAAAUUCAUAUCAGUGAACUCAUGUUAGAUAAGUGUCCUUUCCCACCUCGAUCAGAUUUAGCCUUUAGGUGGCAUUUUAUUAAACGACACACUGCUCCUAUAAGUCCCAAAUCAGAUGAAUGGGUAAGCACAGACUUGUCUCAGACUGAAUUGAGGGAUGGUCAACUAAAACAACGAAGAAACAUGGAAGAGGUCAACUGCUUCUCACAUACCAGUGUUCAGCCCUGUGUCAUAACCAAUAACGAUUCUUCAGGUAGAGGUGGUUCUGGGACUGGCUCUAUAAUGAACCUGGCUUCAAAUAACAGUAUAGAAGAUAGUGAUAUGGAUUCAGAUGAUGAAAUUAUAACACUUUGCACAAGUUCCAGGAAAAGAAACAAACCCAAAUGGGAAAUUGAUGAAGAAAUCCUGCAACUGGAAACACCUCCUAAGUACCAUACCCAGAUUGAUUAUGUCCACUGUCUUGUACCAGACCUCCUUCAGAUCAAUAAUAAUCCAUGUUACUGGGGCGUUAUGGAUAAAUAUGCAGCUGAAGCUCUACUAGAAGGAAAACCAGAGGGUACCUUUUUACUGCGAGAUUCAGCACAGGAAGACUAUUUAUUCUCCGUUAGCUUUAGACGCUAUAGUCGUUCUCUUCAUGCUAGAAUUGAACAGUGGAAUCACAACUUUAGCUUUGAUGCACAUGAUCCUUGUGUCUUCCAUUCUCCUGACAUUACUGGGCUCCUAGAGCAUUAUAAGGACCCGAGUGCCUGUAUGUUCUUUGAACCACUUUUAUCCACUCCUUUAAUUCGGACUUUCCCCUUUCCCCUGCAGCAUAUAUGCAGAACAGUUAUUUGUAACUGUACAACUUAUGAUGGCAUUGAUGCCCUUCCAAUUCCUUCUUCCAUGAAAUUAUAUCUGAAAGAAUAUCACUAUAAAUCAAAAGUUAGAGUACUCAGGAUUGAUGCACCAGAACAACAAUGCUAGGGAAAGGGUAGGAACACGGGAGUGAUUAUAUACAUAUUUUCAUUUAAUAUUUUAUUUUUCUUAUUAUGCCACUUUGAAUUUUUCUACAGGGGCAGUUGAAGUCCAAAAUAAACUUAUGCCCUAAAUUUUA